AUGGCUAAUGACACAAAGCCUUUAUCAUAUGCUGCUAAUGGACACCAAAAAGAUUUUGAUCCAAGUGCUCCUCCACCAUUCAAGAUUGCAGAAAUAAGAGCUUCCAUACCAAAACAUUGCUGGGUCAAGGACCCAUGGAGAUCCCUCAGUUAUGUUCUUAGGGAUGUCUUGGUAAUUACUGCAUUGAUGGCAGCAGCAAUUCAAUUCAAUAACUGGUUUUUCUGGCUCCUCUAUUGGCCUAUUCAAGGCACAAUGUUCUGGGCUCUCUUUGUUCUUGGACAUGAUUGUGGACAUGGAAGCUUUUCAAACAGUCCUUUGCUGAAUAGCUUGGUGGGACAUGUCUUGCAUUCCUCAAUUCUUGUGCCAUACCAUGGAUGGAGAAUCAGCCACAAAACUCACCAUCAAAAUCAUGGACAUGUUGAGAAGGAUGAGUCAUGGGUUCCAUUGACAGAGAAGAUUUACAAGAAUAUAGACAGCAUGACAAGAUUCGCGAGAUUCACUGUGCCUUUUCCAUUGUUUGCGUAUCCAUUUUAUUUGUGGGAAAGAAGCCCCGGAAAGGAUGGCUCUCACUUCAAUCCCUUCAGCAACCUGUUCUCACCCUGUGAGAGAAAAGAUGUCGCAAUAUCAACACUCUGUUGGGUUAUCAUGUUUUCUGUGCUUCUCUAUCUCUCCUUCAUAACAAGUCCAUUUCUAAUUCUCAAACUAUAUGGAAUUCCAUACUGGAUUUUUGUCAUGUGGUUGGACUUUGUCACAUAUUUGCAUCACCAUGGUUACCACCAGAAACUGCCUUGGUACCGCGGGAAGGAAUGGAGUUAUUUACGAGGUGGCCUCACCACUGUUGAUCGUGAUUAUGGAUGGAUUAAUAACAUUCACCAUGAUAUUGGCACCCAUGUUAUCCAUCAUCUCUUCCCUCAAAUUCCUCAUUACCACCUAGUUGAAGCGACACGAGCAGCAAAACCAGUUCUUGGAGAGUAUUACCGUGAGCCAGAAAAAGCAGCGGGAAUUCCAUUUCAUCUAAUAAAGCACUUAGUACAAAGUAUGAGACAAGACCACUUCGUAAGUGACACUGGAGACAUUGUGUACUAUCAGACUGAUACUAGGAUCCACCAGUUGCACACAGAAUGA